AUCUGACAGUCGCGGUGACCACCGCAGAUGCAGAGUCGUUUGAUUUUCGCCUGGUCACGUCGCGACAGACGUGUAAACAAUUUUUCGCAUUUGGGCUGCUAACGUCGUUUCUCGUACGUCUUCUUUAAGAGAUGAGUUCUAUAGGCACAGGAUACGAUUUGUCCGCCUCGCAAUUUUCGCCGGACGGACGUGUAUUUCAAGUGGAAUACGCGCAGAAAGCUGUCGAGAAUGGAGGAACGGUUAUCGGCUUGCGUGGAAAGGAUGGUGUAGUAUUCGCUGUUGAAAAGAUUGUAACCUCAAAGCUCUAUGAGGCAGGUGCCAAUAAACGGAUAUUUAACAUAGACCAGCAUGUUGGUAUGGCAGUUUCUGGUAUAAUAUCAGAUGCGAGGCAAAUUGCGGAGACUGCAAGAUCAGAGGCCGCUAGUUAUAAAGCACAGUAUGGAGUUGGUAUUCCAUUGAGAUAUUUAAACGAACGAGUCUCCAUGUAUAUGCACGCGUAUACUUUGUAUUCUGCUGUACGUCCGUAUGGUUGCUCCGUCCUGCUCAGUGCUUAUGAAAUAGAUGGGCCAGCAUUGUAUAUGAUAGACCCAUCAGGCGUAUCAUAUGGCUAUUAUGGUUGUGCAGUAGGUAAAGCGAAACAAUCGGCAAAAACAGAAAUUGAGAAACUAAAGCUACCUGAGUUGACAUGUAAGGAGUUGGUUAAGGAAGCUGCUCGUAUUAUCUACCUCGUUCACGAUGAGCUGAAGGAUAAGCAAUUCGAAUUGGAAAUGAGUUGGGUUGGCGCACAUACUAACGGGAGGCAUGAACGCGUACCGGCUGAACUAAAAGCUGAAGCUGAGACGAAAGCACGGCAAGCAAUGGCAGAGGAUUCGGACAGUGAUACCGAAGAUAUGUGAAACGAUAUAUAAAUACUGCCGUUAAAAUUCUUUGUAUUGUAAGCAAUUAAUAUUAAAUAUAACAUUAACACAA